AUCAUUCAACGAUGACAUCUCCAACUACCAUCCUUCUGCUCCUGGCUCUGGCAAGCUUCUCCUCCGCAUUGAUAUCUCCCGAAGAAAAAAUGCAAAAGAUUGCCAAAAGAACCAUCAAUAUGGCGAUAGGUUGCCUUGAACAGCGUAAAGAUGAAUGUCUUUACAAAUUGUUCCGAAAGGGAGCCGAUGUCGACAAUCUGAAAAGAUACCCAAUCAUGGAAUCGGAAAUUAAAAAGUUUUCGAUCAAAGGCAACACAGCUGAAGCCUUGGUUUACCUGGAAAGUCAAUAUGAGAGAGGUUAUUACGUAUACCUCUUGCUCGAUGAGAAUAAACAGUUGCCGGGUCUUUUCCGAAUUUACAGUGUCCACAAAUGUGUCACUGACAAGUGCAAAAAUGAACAACCCCAAUAUUAAAGUGUUGAUUUAAACUUUUUUGUGAAGCAAAUAAAUAUUGAGCAUUCAAA